UCUCACCGUCUGGACCUGUAUACAAACACAGGAAGUAGCCGAAGACCGAAGGGUGAAGAACACACUCCAGACAAGUGGCCGCCUGACUGUGACUGUACUGUACUAUGGCGCAACACUUUAAAGUAGUGAGCCCUUGUCAUCGGAAAGUGGAAAUUGUAUCAUCCACUUUUGAGGAAUUUUUGACGAAGUGUAGAACUAAAUUCAAAUUUAAGGAAAAGGAAAGCAUCACCGUUUGUUUAGACGAUGGUACGGAAGUCGACAGAGACCAUUUUGAAGUUCUUACCGCUGGUACAGAGUUGCACGUGAUGCCAUCAGCAGAAUACAGAACCCCAGACAUCAUCGGUCCUUUAGCAACCUUCCUUCAUGCGUGCCUUCAGCGUCAGCCAAAAAUUCAUGAGAAAGUCUCAAUGUAUUUGCAGGAACCCAAAUUCUCCACCCAAGCAACAGAACUCUUAGAUCUUCUCACCAAAGUUGCCAGAGAUGUGGCCCCUGAAAGCUCCAAGGAUAGGGAUUAUGAGUGGUUCAAAGGACUUGACACCAGUUAUAAGACAAAGGAAGAUGUCAUGCGGAACAGUGCUGACAGGAGGAUGAGAGGGUACCUGAUGCACACUAAGACAGAACUGAACAAGGACAGACAGUUACCAGCUGUCUCUUCCUAUAAUCAGGCUGUAGAAUUCUUGAAGAACCAGUUAUCUAUAAAUAAGUACAAUGCCAAGUAUUUUGACCGCAAAGCUGCACCUGGUGAGCGCUUGUGUGAUGCCAAUGGUCUCUUUGAGUGUGAGGGGCCAUACAAUACGGACAGAUGUCCAGGUAUCCAUUUCAUCAAUCCAUAUGCCUCUAGGGAGAUGAGGAUAAUGUUUUCUACAUGGAAUCUGGAUCAUAUGAAAGUGUUUAAGUUUCCAAAGCCGUUACUGUAUCAGGCUAUACAACCUCGUUUCCUGUAGUGGCAAUGUCUUGAAAAAAGUCUCUGAAAGAGGAUGAUUUUCUAGAACUCCUGUUUAGGGACAGUGGGGAUCAAGUGGAUAGUGAUAAGAAAGAGCCUGAUAGUGAAAAUGAUCAUGGUAACAACAAAGAAAGUCAUGAAUCUGAGGGUGAAAUUGUGUCGGUUGCAUCCACGUUGUCACGUGCCUCGCCACCAGACUCCCUCUAUCACCAGCCCACACCAACAACGUACCAUCCUCACUCUUCUUCACCACAACCUUCCAUAUACCAAGCAUCUCUUUCAUAUCUUCUGCAUUAUGCAAGCCUCAUACCACCCGCUACCUCCCUUCCUCACCACCACCCCACCAGGGCUGCUAGAUUUGGGACAUGUUUCACGGCCAAUACUCGCACCAUCUCGCGGCCAAAUCAGCCAACCCGUUUUUACUUUUCGGCCAAACCAGGCCAGGCGAAGUUUUUUGCGGCCAAAUUAGAGAAAUUUGGCCUUGGAAACGGCCAUCUGGCAUGUGGUGCCUCCCAUGGUCACCAAGCACCUUCCACCUCUCACACUCCACUUAUCAGCUAUGCUCCAUUGGAAUCCCUCUCCUUCUAAACUCCACACUCAUACACCCUCACCUACACUCCCACACACUCAUCCACACUCCCACACACUCAUCCACACUCCCACACACUCAUCCACAUCUUCAUACACUCAUCCACACACUCCUACACUCGCCGACAUUCACUCACAAUCAAUCACUCUCACUUUUACAUUAUACUCGGGCUCAUUCACUCACUUUCUCCCCCAAAGUCCAUCUACAAGUUCCGGAAAUCUUCCACCUCGCUGAAGGAUAAUUGAAAAAUCAAGAGCAGUUAUACCAGCAUUAAAAUCAGCUCUUUAUGCACAAGAAAAAUCAAAAGGGAACCUCAAAGUGAACCUCCCUUACUUCUAUGACUUGCUCUUCACUCAUAAAAAUGCU